GAAGAGUCAAGAGACAGAAGCAGUAACACAACACUUCACACGAUUUCGAUCUGAACUCUCUCUGUCUCUGUUCUGCAACAAUGGCAGAAACUCAAAGAGCUUCAUCUUCAACAACCGUUCUCGAUACUUUAGGCGAAGAAAUCGUUAGAAUUAUCACUCCCGUUUCAAUCUGCAUGUUCCUCGUUGUAAUCUUAGUUUCAAUUCUCAACACAAACGAUUCACCAACCAUUUCCACCAUAGCCAACAUAGCAUACGAUGAAACAACCUCAGAUUCUUCCUGGGACAAAUUCCUCGGUGCACUUCUAAAUUCCUUAUCAUUCGUCGUUGUCGUAACUUUCGCCACUUUCUUUUUAGUUCUCCUCUUCUAUUUCCGAUGCAUCACGUUCUUAAAACUGUACAUGGCUUUUUCUUCAUUUGUUGUAUUAGGUUUUCUUGGUGGUGAAAUUUGUUUGUUUUUGAUUCAACAUUUUAGUACUCCGAUUGAUUGUAUUACGUUUUCUAUUGUUUUGUGUAAUUUUGCUGUUGUUGGUGUUUGUGCUGUUUUUAUGUCGAAAAUGGCUAUUUUUGUUACACAAGGUUAUUUGGUAAUUAUUGGAAUAUUGGUUGCUUAUUGGUUUACUAUGUUGCCUGAAUGGACAACAUGGGCUAUGCUUGUUUCUAUGGCUUUGUAUGAUCUUGCUGCUGUUUUGUUGCCUGUUGGGCCUUUGAGGCUUUUGGUUGAACUUGCAAUAUCAAGGGAUGAAGAAAUUCCGGCUUUGGUUUACGAGGCUAGGCCGGUGAGUAAUGAUAGUUUGGAACAUGUUGCGGCUCGGAGGAGGUUAUGGAGAGAGAGGAGGAUUGAGAAUUCAAAUGUGAUGGUAACUGACAAUGGAAGUUCCGUGUUGGGUAGUAGUGGACUUAAUGUUGAACAAUCACACUCUAAUUCAGAUGUGAAUGUUGUUCUUGGAUCGAAUACAAACGACAAUACCCCGGAUGGCGUAAUUUUGGCUUCAGAAAAUGCUUCGAAUUUGAAUUCUAGUAGCUCUUAUGGUGCGUGUAAUUUGAUAAGAGCCGAAGAGGGGCGAGUGCAGGUUCGAGAAACCGAUUCAGAUCUUGUCACGCCCUUGAUUGUUUGUGGACCGAAUGUGCAGGUUCCUAGAGGAGAAGAUGCGGGGUCGAAUGAGAAUUUGAUGUUGGAGGGAAUUGGAUUGGCCUCGUCCGGUGCAAUCAAGUUAGGACUUGGCGAUUUUAUCUUCUAUAGUGUUUUGGUUGGCAGGGCUGCAAUGUAUGAUUUUAUGACAGUUUAUGCAUGUUAUCUUGCAAUUAUUGCUGGUCUUGGCAUAACUUUGAUGCUUUUGGCUUUGUAUCAGAAAGCCUUGCCUGCUCUACCUGUGUCGAUAGCACUCGGUGUGUUGUUUUAUUUCUUGACCAGGUUACUACUUGAAGUAUUUGUAGUACAGUGUUCCUUGAAUCUCUUGAUGUUCUAACUUCUAAGGUUAUAAAUUAUAUUGCUUUGGCUCAGUUCUUGGAUAUAAAGCAUAUUACAUUACUAUAGCUGAAGGUUUGAACGUACGGUUUCAUCUCUUGUUGUAAGGCUCUCUAAACCUGUAACAUUUUCUUAAACUACUGUUUGUUUUGUACUCUUUUCUUUUCUGUUUGUUAACUAGAAAGUAGAAAACACCUAGUGUACUGCAGAUUUAGGAUCUGUGACCACAGAUAUUUCAUUCCUUCGUCGAAUCCCCGUUUGUAAAAUAGAAGUGUCAAAUAAAAUAACUCGGUAUAUAUUAUUGUCUUUA